UUCCGGUUCCGGCCGAGGCGCGCGAGCCCCGCGUGGAGAAAGCGGCGCGAUGAGGCCGGGUUUCAGCCCCCGAGGGGGACGCGGCGGCUUCCGGGGCCGAGGUUCCCCGUUCCCCCCCCGCGGAGGGGGCGGGGCCCGCGGAGGGGGCGGAGCCCGCGGAGGGGGCGGGGCCCGAGGCGGCCCCAGGGGGGGGGGCCGAGGCCGAGGGGGCGGGGCCAGGGGCGGGGCCCGGGCCGGAUUCAAAGGCGGGAAAAAAGUGACGGUGGAGCCGCACAGGCACGAGGGUGUGUUCAUCUGCCGCGGGCGCGAGGACGCGCUGGUGACGCGGAACCUGGUGCCGGGGGAGUCGGUGUACGGCGAGAAGCGCAUCAGCGUCGAGGACGGAGACACCUCCGUGGAGUACCGGGCCUGGAACCCGUUCCGCUCCAAGCUGGCGGCCGCGAUCCUGGGGGGCAUCGACCAAAUCCACAUCCGGCCCGGAGCCAAGGUGCUGUACCUGGGAGCGGCCUCGGGGACAACAGUGAGCCACGUCAGUGACAUCGUGGGACAGGACGGUGUGGUUUACGCCGUGGAGUUCUCGCACCGCUCGGGCCGGGACCUGCUCAACGUGGCCAAGAAAAGAACGAACGUGGUGCCGGUGAUCGAGGACGCGCGGCACCCGCACAAAUACCGCAUGCUGAUUGGCAUGGUGGACGUGAUCUUCGCCGACGUGGCCCAGCCCGACCAGACGCGAAUCGUGGCCCUGAACGCGCAUCACUUCCUGCGCUGCGGGGGGCACUUCCUCAUCUCCAUCAAGGCCAACUGCAUCGACUCGACGGCGCCGGCCGAGGCCGUGUUCGCGGGGGAGGUGAAGAAGAUGACGGCCGAGAGGAUGAAGCCGCAGGAGCAGCUGACCCUGGAGCCCUACGAGAGGGACCACGCCGUGGUGGUCGGCGUCUACCGGCCCCCUCCAAAGGAGAAAUGACGUCAUCGCACCUCCGGCCCGCCAGGGGGCGCCAACAGCGUGGGCGUGGCCUAGCCCGGAAGUGCUCGGCGCUGAGCCGGAAGUGGGCGUGGCCUAACCCGGAAGUUGUUUUUUGUUUGCGGGGUGGGGGGAGGGGCCCGAGGGGGGUUUUGGUAAAUAAAGGAAAUUUGAUUAA